AUGACUAGUUCAGAAUUAACGAAUGACCAAAUCAUAGAUCUCAUAACAGAUUAUAAGAAUUUUAAAAGAAUUAUAGAAACUUCCGUGUCUAAAGAUAAUCGAAGAAGAAACUCAUGCGGCGGCAAUAACAACAAUCUAUCAAAGUUAUCAGAUACGCAGUUUUGGCAGCUAGCGACGGAUGUGAACAAUGAACUGAUGAAGAGAUUGACAAACUCGAACGUAGAUGAAGAUGAUCAUGGUUUGAAAAGAGGUAAAGCGCAAUCAAAACUAUCCCGACUGAACGACUCCAAGUUCGAUAACUUGAUCUAUGACAUCUUCACGGAAAUUGAAGAGAGGAAACUGCAUGAUUUGAACAAGAUGAGUCAUUUUGACACAAUGGGUAAGGGCGAGUUCAAUUUUUAUUUUAAUGAUUCAUUAUUUGAGUCGAUUAAUAUAAACGAUAACUGUAUAAGUGCAAGCGGUAUCGUGCCCAUGGAAGCGUUCCGGGAGUUGCGUUCACAAUUCGUACUUUACUUUCAAAAUACGCUCCACCAAGUUCACCCCACAGAUGCAACUGCACCUUUACCAAUUCUUCUAGAGACUGUAUUCAAUAUAGCAAGUCUAAUCAACGAAGUUUUACCACUCCUGUUAUCGCCUUCAUUACCGGAGCCUUUAGAAAAGGAAAUCGUGUACUUGAAAAGUGCCCUGUCACAUACAAUCACUUCAACAAGGUAUUACCUUACGUUUGGGGACCUAGUACCACGUAUUGUGAUUCAAUCAUCUAUUUCAGAACUAAUUUUUGCGUUUUGCAAUAUCGUUCAGAUUGUCAAGAUCAAACCCACUUCACCACCACAUGUUGCAUUGCCUAGUGAAAAGAAAUUGGAUGAUGGGGAAACUGCGAUGAAACCAUUGAAGAUUAUUGAAAAACUGAAAAAUGAGGAAGUUGGUAAAGAAGCUUUAGGAAAGGGUGCUAGUGAUCUCGACGGUUCUUCAUCCCCCGGAAAAGUCAGUACAGUAGAACCGGGGAAUUCAAUGGAUGAAUCAAAAAUCAACACACCGCAGCCGAUUUCCAGCAUUAGCAAAACUGAUGUAGUUGUUAAUGGCAAAUCGCAUCAAAUAAAUGAAGCGGAUGAUUCCUCGCCAUGCAAUAGAAAGAUAGAUUCAAAGUUGGUUCUAAACCUAAACAAUCCCAAAAAUCCAUCAACAGUCAAAAAUAAGUUGUCUUCGCGAGAUGAUUUGAAUGUUUCAAGCCCUCUCGAUAAGGUGCUACCAUCAAUCGGUCAAUCUCGACAACAUCACCGGUUGUCACCACCGAAUUCACACAUCAUCAACAAGUCACCGGCAGAAACGACGAAGCAUAAAGAGAUUUUAAGUUUUUCAGAUGUACCUGAAUCACCAACUGCAGCCAGGAUGAGACGAUUUAAAGAAAAACUACAACAUUUCGGCUCUAGCUCUGGCCUCGGUUUCAGGAUUUCUACUUCAGAUGAAGACGUGAAAAAUUCAGAAGUAAAGAAAAGCACGCCCAAGAUUAGUACAGGUGAACUUCUAGAAUUUGUAGAGGGUAAAACAACCAUUGUGGUCCCAAUGGUCCAGGGCAUUUUAAGCGGUAUCCAAGAUUCUAAAUCUAAGAAUUUUGAGGGCGCAAGGCCGAUUUCAGCAUUAUGUCAAGAUUCCGUCAAGUUAACUCCCAUAUUGAAAACGAUGAUUGAUAUGACUACAGAGGUAAUGACCCAACAGAAUUCUAAAUCAUAUUUAAACAAGCACGCUAACUGGAUAGUUAAAGGGCUAACGGACUGCUCGAAAAGGCUAACAAGUUUAUGCAGUGGUGGACACACCCUCUUAAAGGUCAGCGAUAAACAUUUCUAUCAAAAAUUAGCGGGUAUCCUGUUCGAUGUGGUCAAAUGCGCUAAGGAAUUGGUUAAAUGCGUGGAAAAGGCGAGUGGCCGCGUAGCGCUGUAG